CAUGCCGGUUCACUCCUGCAUAUAAAAUCCUCAAUUUCAAAGGCUUCGCCUUUUCCCCAGCUUCCUCCUCUGUUUCUAGGGUUUCCGUGGAAGUCUCCAUUACACUCCUACUCUCCGAAGAUGGGGAAGAAAAAGGAAAAACCUUUGAAUGAGCCCGUGUCGACACUUGAUUUAAAAUCUAUGAUUCAUGAAAAUGCUUUGUUCUUUGACAAAUUGAUUGAGUUAAUCCCUGCAAGGUUUUAUCUACCGGAUGAAAAGGAUAAACCUUGGUUUCAGGGUCUUAGCAAAGCCGAGAAGGCUUCUGCUAAAAAGCAAUCUAGAGAAAACAUUAAGAAAGCCCGCAGAGAUAGGUUAGAUCCCGAGAAGUCAACAAAAACGACCCUUGAUCUGUUGAAGGAGAAUUUGGAAAAGGAGAAAGUGAGUAAGGAGAGUGAUGAUGAGGAAAUCGAGGUUAAACCUAUAAUGUCUGAUUUAGGCGGUGGUGAGGAACGGUCUGUCACUUAUAAAGAACUUCAGCAAAGGCUUCGUAGGAAAAUAGAAGAGCUUCGUGGUGGUAGAAAUACUGGGAGUUCAGAUAGAGGGAAGAAGAAGACUGAGAAGAAGGGUAAUGUUCAAAAGAAGCGAAAGAGGGAUAGCGGAGCUGAAGAAAAGAAAGUUACUAGUAGUAAUGAUAAGGAUAAAGUGGAGAAGGAUGUGGAAGAGGCUGCAAAGGAGCUUACUUUUAGUCGGGUUAAACUUGGGGAUGAGGAAAAACAUGGUAAGAAGAAAAAAAGAAAACUUUCAAAGUUCAAGGAGCUUGAAAAUGCAACGAAAUUACAGGAAGCUAAGAAAGAUCCAGAGAAAGGUGAGGUUAUUGCUAAGAAGCAUUCGUGGAAGGCAGCGAUGGAUAGAGCUGCAGGGAUUAAGGUCCAUGAUGAUCCGAAGUUGUUGAAACAGAGUAUGCAGAAGGAGAAGAAGAGGCAUCAGAAGCAUGUUGAGAAGUGGAAUGAGAGGGUUGAGACUACAGAGAAGUUGAAAGCAGAGAAACAACAGAAGAGGUCGGAUAAUAUAGCAGAGAAGAUUCACCAGAAGAAGAUGCGACGAAUUGCAAAGAGGGAGAAGAAGCUGUUGCGACCAGGGUUUGAAGGUCGGAAGGAGGGUUUUAUUAAUGAAGGGUCAACCUAGUGUUCUUUUCUUUUAAAUGUUGCAUAGCCUGUGGCUUUUGUAUGGCUGUUCCUUUUUGGUAGAGUUGUCAUUAAGAUCAUAUCACUGCUCAAGGAAGAUCACAUGUUGGGAAGGCUGUUCCUACUCUUCUUUCCUUCUUUUUUCUACCAAGUAGAAAGUGAUGAGUGUUGUUCAAUAACUGAAUUCGGAUUAACAUACUGCAAAAGGUUUGGUUCUGAUUAUUUAUGCCC